GCCUCACCUCUGCUUGUUUCCGUGACAGAAGCAAAUAUGUCUAUCAGCCCAUGACGCCUGUAGAGCAGCUUCCCAGCACCGAAAUUCCCGUUCGCCCUCGGGAAUCCACCAACACGAUCCAGAUCUCCGUGUCCCUCACCGAACACUUCCUGAAGUUUGCGCCCGUCUUCCAGCCGCCUCUGCCGCCGGAUUCCCCGCAGUUCUGCACCAUCGCGGACCUCUUCAUCGACAACUACCGGGUGAAAUGCAUCAACGGGAAGAUGUGCUACGUGCAGCGGCAGCCCCCGCCGGCGCCGCACAAGGCCAAGGCCGAGGAGGUGCCCGUUCGCAAUGCCUUAAUCACACACGAGAGCAAUACGCCAAAACCGGAGCACUGCUCGUCGCCCUCCAGCUCCGAGGACUCCGGCAUCAACGCGGUGGGGGUUCACUACGUGGAGUCGUGCGAUGAGGACACGGAGGGGGGCGCGGAGCUGAGCUCGGAGGAAGACUACAGCCCCGACAGCAGCUGGGAGCCCGAUGAGUGCCCGCUCCUGUCACCCUCGCAGUGCGAAAUGGAAGUGAUCGAGACUAUAGAAACCACCGUGUGAUCCAGCAAGGUGGAAGAAGAUCAGUCCAAUUCCCACUCAGUAAUGUUGCUUUUGUAGUAUUUAUAUUUUCUGUUUUUCUGACAAUCCCUUUUUUCCAGUGCACUCAAUUUUUCAGAUUCCGCACGGGAGCGUGGUCGCG